GUUCAUUGCAAUAGAAGCCUUUAUGCUUUACCGAUGUAUGAAGCCACUGGAGUGUGUGUUCCAUCCACUCAGACUCGUCUCCCAAAGCUCUUUCAAAGGAUGAGACAGCACUCCGAACAGAUGUUGUGUCGGCGGCACUACAUGCUAGCAGUGACGGCAUUAGAUGACUUCAUAGGUCUGUUGAACCGCUGUUCUUGUCUGGUCUCUUUACUUGACUUAUCCGUUGUUAAACAUCACUGCGUAUUCCAGUGACAUAAAUAGAUCGCGUAAAUUGGCAGUGUUUAAAACGUGUAAUUGUGUUUUGGUUGUCCAUUUUUUUAGGCGAAGUAAUUACAAGCUCCAAUGAACUCCAAACUUUAGACGUGUCCAGCCAGGUAGCACAUACAAAAAGCCUGUGUAUCUCAACACGUUCAUUUCCACGAUGACGUCUUUUUACUUCUAACACCAGAAUUCGUUUCGUUGUUUUUGUUAUUCGUAUUUAAAUUUGGCAAUCUUGGUGACGUUUUAUAGAACAAAAGCCCUAAUUUACACAAGACACCAAAACCCUUAAGGAUUCUAGUGGUGGUAGCAGUACCAGUAAAAAGACCCCAUCGUGGCAAAUCGCGUUUUGUCUGAUUGUUUGAUUAACAAUGUUGUCGACCUUGCGAUGUGGAACAUACUUUCCACCUAAGAGGUUGUUUAAGAGAGUAUUUUUUCUCGGUUUAUGGACUAAAAUUUCCCUGCCACAAAGGGGCGUAACUCCAACCUAAAAAGGUGUAUUUUCUGCCUCUACCCCAAACCUUCCUUUCCAAGUCUUCCUCGGCGCACUUUACUACUUCGCGUUUUGCAUUUCUCCAAUGAAACCCAGCACUCCCUGGUCUCCGCUUGAGAGUGAGGCAGGUAGAUUUGAACUGUUUUAUGUAUGCAAGAUGUGAAGAGAAUUUACCAUUGAUUUUUGUUCCAAACAGUAGGGGAAAUAUAGCCUUGACUUACUGUUUUAUUAACCUUUUCUUUCAGCCAAAAGAAAAACGGGCAGAAUUAAGUAAGCAUAUUCAACAACGGAAGCGGAAAAGCUUGUCAGAUCUCUUCAAGAUGUUGGCUUCUCUUGGUAUGAUAGAAGUUACUUUAUGUAAUUACACUACAAAAAUAAAGCGAUUCCAGCUCCAUUACAAUAUUGUUUCCCCUUUAACAUACCUUCUAAUAAGAAUAAAUCGCUAAACCAGGAAGUCUUCUUGUCAUUUUCGUGUAAGGGCUAAAUUUAAAGUGAUGUAGCUAUAAGGCGCUCCUUUCCGAAGCAUUUUAAUUAAAUCCGGUACAGAUAUUACUGAAGUGUCUGUAACUUAAGCUGUCCUGUUGGAAGGUUUGACGGUUUUAUAGUGAAAAGUUAAUCGUGGACAGCAUUCUCCCGGGGGAAUGUUUUGAUGUUACAACGUCAAAUGAGUUAGACGAUGAUGAAUUUUGUCUUUUACUGAUUUAUCCAUAGUCAUCUAAGAACACUGCGUAAGUCUAAGCAAAUUACAACUUUCAGUGCUGAUAGUUCUUUGUCCAGUUAAAUUCCGCAACGUGAACCUUGCAACUAAAUGAAAUGAGCAAAUUUGUAAAGGUAUUUAUUUAUUGAAUGCCUUACAAUCAGACCGAAACUUAGUAUUUCGCGCGCUUCUUCUUAGCCUGAGAAAACAGCCAACAUUUUCGCGACGCCACCACUGGUUUCCCCGCGAAAUGACGUCUGAGAAACGAGCGCAGAAAUUCCAUACUGAUGACGCGUCACUACCCAGAUCUGGGUACUGUUUCUGAUUGGUUAGAGCAAAUUUCCCACGCGGUAGGACCAAUCAGUAGAACUACCCAGAUCUGAGUAGUGACGCAUUAUCAGUAUGGAAUUUCUACGCUGGUUUCUCAGACCUCAUUUCGCGGGGAAACCAGUGGUGGCGUCGCGAAAUGUCUGCUGUUUUGUCAGGCUAGGUUCUGCUUUGUAUAUGAUUAAAAAUGGAUUAUUUUCUAGGGGUGUCAUACCGUAAGGGACUAACUCUUGAACGCCAGUGCACAGGGAAGGAAGCCAUGUUGCUCGCUGCAGUUGAUGAAAAAGCUAUCACCAGAUCAUUUACGCUGCUCUCAGAUAGAUCACCGUAAGCACUCAUAAUAGUCACACAACAUCGAUUUAUAGAAGUUGUGAAAUACCUGACUUACCACUUUAUUAGUUUUCACAGUGUUAGUUUUUUAAUUGACAUAUAAUAGAAUUUCAGGUCAAAAUUAUUUUCGUUUCUUCAAAUUGCCUUUGUCUAAAUUGUCUUUAUUCAUUACAAAAAUUGCGUGUUCGACCAUCUUUGAUAUUAGGAGACUAUCUUAAAUAACAGGAGAAUUAAAGGUCGUUGUUAUCUUUGACCGUGUGAGCGCCAUAAAAGUUGUUUCGUCCAGUGUUUUUAAAUGAUACCAAUGUAAUUGAACUUCAGAAAUGCCAAAAUCGUAGAACCCCAAUCGUAGUGUGAUUGAAGUGUAAUCUGUUAUUGUUGGUUAUUUUCAGUGACUUGUUACAUAAAGUACGUAAUCUUUUGGAUGGCUGCUGUCAUCACUACCAUAAGGCGCUAGCUAGGUCAGCGGCUUUCUCUGCUGCCAUGGUAACGCCUUCAAAGGUGAGAAAACAGUAAAUAAAUUUUCUUUCCUUUAUUGUUUGGAAUUGGGAAUAACCAAUUACCCUGAUUUUAGGUCUCUUGUCUUCCUUGGUUCGCCUACUGAAAAGGUAAAAAGGCAUGCAAUCAUAUUGUGUUUCAAGUCCUUGGUCCUUCGUGUGGACUUGUAACACGUCUACGUACAAAUCCAUGGCUAUCCUAUUUGGGUAGCAAGCUGGUCAAGCCUUUCAUCAAUGGUUAAUUCGUUCUAUUUGUCACUAUACUCUAUUACUUUUCUGGAAUUAGAAAAUAUUCUGAACCUUUCAGCUUGUCGUGGAUUAGUCAAGUAGCCUUGAAACAGUCACUGUGUAUAGGUAAUAAUUGUGUUGUUCAUUACAUUUAGGAGCUCAGUGUUGGUGACAUUGAUCGUUGUAAGGGUUGCAGUCAUCACCUGCUCAAUAUUUGUUAUCAACAGAGAAAGUUCAUAGCACAGUUCUCACAACACAUCACCAGUGCAAGGUAAUAGUUCACAACCUCGACUAACAACGUUAGUAUUUCCACUGACCCAAGUUCUGAUGUCAUGCAUUGUAGCUAUCUAUUUUCAUCUAUUUGUUUUUUAGCGUUUGUCUUAAUCAGCUUGUGGAAAGCGUUGGCUUGCCAGAUGAUGAUAUAGACAGUACACAUACAUCGCUACCUCAUCAAACUAAGCUGCAAGAACGAACAGUAAGUCAACAACGAACAACUGGUCAUUUGCUGAGGUUUCUUUGCCUUCUAAACUUGUGCUUCUUAACAACUUAUUUAUUUACCAGCUUUUCUGGGAACAGGCCUGCCCAGUGGGAAUGUGUACGAACGGGACUCAGGUCCCAUGCGAGGUGCCAUCCCUAGCCAAUCCCACAACCCGUAAAGGUUGGCAACACCACCGGGGUCUACGACCCCUACUCUUUUCGAAUAGUGAUGUUAGUUCUUUUACGUCCCACAAGAACAAAUCAGUGAAAGUGCUGUGAGACGGGACCUACGGUUUUUCGUCCUUACCCGAGAAGACUAGAAAGUCUAACCAUUAGCAGAUGUCAUUAUAAAGGCAGCACUUUCUUCGCAGUUAUUUAAAGACCCUGAGUGUUGGUCCGGCCGGGGUUUGAACCCGCGACCUCCCGCUCGGCAGACCGGCGCUCUCCCAACUGAGCUAACCAGGCGGCGGUUUUUCUCCUGACACAAACAUUUGCGUUUAUGAACUGAAUUGAUGAAGUUCACUGGCCACCGUAGAAAAUUUAGGAACUGGUGUUUCGUGCGCUUAAGCCCUUCCUUAGAGUAAAUCAUUGACGAAGGGCGACAGCUCGAGACUUCAGUUUCUCAAUCCUCCUACGGUGAAAUUUAGAGAUUGCGUUGUGAUGUGUUGAUGAGCACAAUAUUGGAACCUUUUUUCAUUUCGUAGGUGCGAGUGAUGGGUCUUUUAACCCACACAUCCCAUGUGUUACAGCAUAUGUCCUUACUGAUAAAGUGUUGUCCCAGUGAUGUGUCCCUUCAGGAGUGGACACCUUUGCCGAAGACCAUGCUGUCACCUCUGGCUUUGUCAUCUUCAGAUGAUCAGCUUGUUACAGACGUCUCUAAGACUUUGGAGGUACGUUUGGUAUUUUCCUAUGAAUAGUGCAUCUUGGUGACCUUUGUUCAGUACAGCCAUACGAGAAUAAAAUGAUUAAAUUUUGCAACUAUACUGAACUGCCCUUCAACGUUAGUAAUUCCUUGAAUUAAUUAUUAGGCUUAGGUAAGGGAAUACUUGAUCAAGGAGCUAGAAUGUAGAUGAUAAGAUGCUCGACCAGUUGGUAUAUCCUUCCUUUAGCAGUUUGCAGGGCUCCUUGUAUCGAUCCACUCUUUGCGGACAAGUUAAGUGCUUUGAAGGCUUGUUUGUACCAGGCUCUAUAGCAGAGCGAUGGAUUGAUGUUUGGUUAAGCUACAGAAUGACAUGUAGUAUAUCCACAUCGUUUAUUUAGUUUCUUUAAAAUUAGCAUGCUAUCUGUUAUGACUGCUGUGACCUUUCCUCUCCGCCCGCCUCGUCUAGCUUUUGCUAUUUGCGGGUGGAGAUGGCAAAAUGAUGUGCAUGAAAUAAAGUAUAGUGUGUGUGUGUAGUGUGUGUAUAGUAUCUUAUCGAGCGGAAUUAGUCAAGCAUUAACUGGUCAAACGUUGAGUAACUUUCUAAGGACUUGAAGGAAACAAUUAUCUACCUCAAAUUUAGAAGACACACAAAAAAACGACUCUGGCUUUCCAAUAAAUUAAAUUCCACGUGGUAAUCAGUUUUGUCUUGUUUUCUUUUCUAAAUUUAAGGACUCCGUGACAAAAGUGCAACAGCUUAUUCAACAUGUCCGGCCUUAUGCUGCAGUGUCUGAUCACAUGGUGAACAGUACUGGCCGGGAUGAGAUGACAACUUUCAUAGCUUCUUGGUAAGUUCUAUGUUUUUGCUUUUUUUUAUUUCAAGAAUAUCAGAGGGUUUCAUUUCUCAAAGAUUAGUUAGAUUAUGCAGGUUUCUGAGGCGCGUUACCCCGCGACGGCAUUCUUCCAAACCCUUGUAAUUCCGAAUUCAGUUCAGGUACGAGAAGGAAGGGCGCUUUCCAUUCGACAAAAAUUGCUGUUUGAAAUCUCGGGAAUUUCAUGUGCCCAGUGGGACGGUACAUUCGGGUUGCACGGACCCGACACAAGUUAUUGCGCUUUUUGUUAUUGUACUUGCAAAUAGGAUCAUACAAAUGAGUGGUAGUGGGAACAACAAUUUUGUCAAAUGGACAGGCACAUUUUGGCAGUCCAACCGACAGAAAUGACCAGACCGGUCAAUGUAGACCACCUUCAAAGGUGGUCUCAAAUAUUUAGCUCGGACCGAACCGCACUGGUUCGUUCCAUUUGAUUUCUGAUGGAAUAUUCCGGUAUUUUGGGCUGAAUGGAAAGCGCCAAAAGCGUCUAACAAGGAAGACUCGGAAGUAAGAAUUCAACGCGAGUGGUUUCAUUGAUAUGCUGGUAAGCAAAGGUUUAAAGUAAGAGAACACAAUAGACUGUCGCAAAGAGUAAUCUAUUUCUCGGGACCUUUUCACCUUUAUUCUGGUAUGGUGUGGCCACAACACUUUUAGCCUCAUUCGCAGAAUUGUCGAUAUGAGAAGGGCCUUAACAAGCUUUAGUGAAUGGUCAAUCUGUAGUACUUGAUUUUGCGAAGUCACCCAGUUGUUUGUUUCUUUUAUUUGUCUUGUGUUUUUUUUGUCAUAGGCGUCAGUUUAGAGUGGUAUCAGAUGCGUUUAUCAAGAUUGAGGGCAUUGCGGAGUUGAUCGAUGAAAUGCUACCGAAAUUUGCGUCAAAGUGGUGAGCUGUUGAAGAACCUGGUUUCAAGAGGCUGUUGUUAUCAUUGGACUUAAAAAAUGUUCAUAAGAUUUCUAGUUAGACAUUAGUAUGGUCUUAUAAAGUGUAUGAUCGAGUCAGUUGUGAUGUCUAGAGAAUCUGUGUUAAAAUUCAAUAGUGUUAGUAAUGGUAACAGGACUGAGUGUAGUCCAAUUCGGUCUGUAAUCAUACGAGUGAUUAACAAAAUCGGACGACCGCGCAGCGGGAGUCCGAUUUGUUUAAUCACGAGUAUGAUUACAGACCGAAUUGGACUCCACUCAGUCCUGUUACCAAUUAAUCAUAACUUUAACAAAAUUUGUGAUAUAAUAGGCUAUUUUUUAAAUCAAAACACAAGAAAUUCGAAAUUUUGUUUUGCUAGCAGUGAAAAAAAAAAAAGUCAUUUAAGCGCGCGCGUGAUGGCGCGUACUGUCCAAUUACUUAGGCAUGACGCGUACUGUCCUAUUAAACUGUCCAAUUAAGGCUGAAACCAGGGCAGUUGAUAGCCAAUCAGAUUUGACAAUUUUGUUAUAGUUAUGAUUAAAUAAGAAAUAGCAUUUAGGUGUUUACGAUUGUCUUUGUUAUUGUAAACAUAUUUUUCGCCUUUUUUCCAGCUGUAGUAUCGAGAAAGGCCUAGGUGGCUCGCUUGUCGACCUCAAAAACAAGAUUAGGAGCGAAUGUAACGAAUUCAACACUUGGAGGCUCAAAACACUAGCCGAACGAGGAAGAGACGGAAGUAAUGAAGAAUGUUUUAACAAGGAAGGUAAGUAUUUAUCAACGCAUUUGCUUCUCGUUGUAGAAAAAGGAUAAGAGUGUCAAAAUGUACUGUUUCGUUUUUCCUCAGUUAUGGUUACAGUCGACACAUUUCUGAAAGAGCUAGACGCCGUGAACACAUCGCUUCUGUUAGGCAUUCAAAAGCUGGCAAAAAUAGCGGAAAGCAGGAGCAGUGAAAGUACGCAAGAACAAGAAACUGCAGAUUCAGGUAGACGUAACAGACACUCUAUUAAUUCCUUCUCUUCUCCUUAACCUGAUAGGAUACAUGGCUAUUCCGCGUUUCUUUCCUCUUUAGUCCAUUAGUAGCAUUUUUUUUUACACAAAAGCGGUUAAAACUGUAAACCUUUUAACAAGUUGUUCUUCUUAAACCGUGACAAAAGACGGAUCGAAACACCAAUGAUACAAAGGGUGUUCAUAAUCAAUAACAUCACGGCUUAACUGACAGACGACCUAACACAGCGGCUUUAUUGACCAUUCAGCCCAAUAUCCAGAGUUAAAUACCUUUAACUGACGUGCAUCAACUCACUUUGACUCUAAAGAUAACUACCUCAAGGGUUGUCGACAGGUCAGUUAUCGUCAACAACAGUCCUAUUGCGGACUACGCCCACCAGGACGAUCAUAUUCCACCUACUUAUGAGGUUGUUCUUUUCACGCCAGAUGCUGACGUUGGAAGUAUGGAACUCCUAGACGGACACUUGACGAUGCGUCUCCAUCGUGACCUACUAGAUGAGAUAAACUGUCUUGGUUUAGAAAAAGUGACGAAAAGUAUAUCCGAUCUCAUGUCUCAGCUGAAAAACAUGGCUGAUUGCACUGGGUUGGCUUCAAAUGCACCUGAUCAGCUACCAUCCAUUAGCUUGUGUGCACAGCUUUUUGGAGCCACCAUCCCUCUUCUUCAUCAAUAUCUGAACAUAUCGCAGCAUUUUCUGGUCAAUUUGCUGGCAGCCCACCGCGUCACCAGCAAACUUUUAUCGGUUCUUCUCAGCAUUUUUACCGACCUGGUCUCAAAAGGAUUCUGUCUCCCCCCGGAAAUAGAAGAAGGUGAAGGUGACGGAGCCACUGAAUUCGAGGAUAUUGAAGGGGGAGGCAUCGGGGAAGGAGAGGGGAUGAAGGACGUCAGCGAUCAAAUCGAGAGCGAAGAUCAGGUUAGUUCUUACUGUUUUCUCUUACAUUCAUAAGAAUCGCGCUAUUACAGCCAUCAGUUGUCUCGCUGAACUUAUUUCAGAGUCUCCGACUUUAAUGUAUAUAUGUUUUUUUUUACUAAUUACGGUCUCGUAAAAUAGGUAGAGUGAGGAAGAGUGCUAGAGUAACUCCAAUUUUCAAAGCUGACUCGAAAGUUGACCCAGCCAAUUACAGGCCAAUUUCUGUCCUGUCUGUAAUUGCCAAACUCUUUGAAAAAGCCAUCUUUAAUCAGGUUUAUUCAUAUUUAAAUGAUAAUAAGUUACUUUCGAAAUAUCAGUCUGGCUUUAGACCUAUGCACUCUACCCUUACAGCUCUUAUUGACAUCACCGACAACUGGUAUCUCAAUAUCGACGAUGGUUUGACAAAUGCCAUUCUGUUUAUUGACUUGAAAAAGGCUUUUGAUACUAUUGACCAUGAGAUCCUUCUGUCAAAAUUGGAGCUGUAUGGGUUUAAAGGUGUGAGUCUCAAUCUUUUCCGAGACUACCUCUCCGAUAGAACUCAGGUUACAGUUAUAAACAACAUAAAUUCCGAAACUAGCUUCAUAAGUUGUGGGGUGCCUCAAGGUUCAAUCCUCGGCCCCCUACUAUUUCUAUUAUACAUUAAUGAUCUCCCUAACUGUAACCUCCUAUCGGAUGAGAAUGUAUGCCGAUGACACUAAUCUUACGUUUGCCUCCAAAGACCCUAAUGAGUUGUUUUCAUCCCUAACUCAUGAUUUGGGCGAUCUGAAGCAAUAGCUCGAUUCUAACCGUCUAAGUCUUAAUGUCCUCAAGACUAAAUGUCUGUUUACAGGCACGAGGCAAAAAAUCUCUUUGCUCCCUAGCGAUCCACGCAUAUCCCUCGACGGGCAUUCAAUUGAAAGAGUCAAUAGUUACAAAUGCCUAGGCGUUCAGGUUGAUGAAACACUCUCGUGGGAGGCUCACAUCUCCGAAGUCAACGGUAAAGUUGCAAAAGUACUAGCUGCCCUGAGGAGGCUAAGACCAAUAUGUCCCCAGAGUACCCUUGUCACUAUUUACAAGUCAUUGAUUCUUCCGCAUCUCGAUUAUUGCAGCGCUGUCUGGGGCUUUAUCGGUAAUGGUCUCAGCCAAAAACUAGAGAAGCUUCAAAACAGGGCUGCACGCAUAAUUACAGGGUCUAGCUGGGAUGCCAGCUCUGCCCCGAUUCUUCAUGCCCUUAAAUGGGAUAGCCUCGCUGACAGACGUGUUAAGCAACUGAAAUCUUUAAUGUUUAAAACUGUAAAUAACCUUGUACCCGAAUACCUGUCUGAUAAAUUCGCCAGCAUUAAUACCAUCACAGGCAUAAUCUUCGAGGUGCGCAACAUAACCUGUUUAUUCCGCGACCGAACAGUGAGGCCCUAAAGAAAAGUUUUCGUUAUAGGGGCGCAGUAACAUGGAACAGCCUGUCAGCUGAGGCUAAGCAGGACACUACUUUAAAUUGUUUUUAUUCCGCUAUUGUACAUUAAGAUUUUCUUAGUAAGCAUUUAUUAUAGGACUUUUUCAAUAAUGUUUGUUAUUUUUAAGUCUUAGUUUAAUGUGCACGGCUCUUUAGAAGACCACUUUUUAGUGAUAAGGAUUCCGUGGUUAAAUAAAGUUAUUACGUACUUACUUACUUACUUUUACUAUAACAGACACAAAUUAUUGGAAAGAGCUCGCUAUAGUAACUACAAUUGAAAUUCAGUACCAUUUUAUCUACAAUUUUGCAAUUACGUGAAACAAUGUGUUGCCUAACGUUUGCAAAAGAAGGAGAAAUAGAACUGAGUUGAAUGCCUACUUUAUAGUUAUCGUGGACACACGUUACAAAAACCAAGACGAUAACAAUUUUUUUAGUUUCGGCUCUUCAUGAAUUAUUUAUUAGGUCAUUAUGUCCUUUAUUCCUUUGAAGAUCAUCUUGUAAGGCUCGUGCUGACUUCUCUUGUUUUGUCUUCUGAAUGUUUGACUUUCUUUUGCUUAAUGGGCUAUUUGCAUGAUGACGUCAUUUUACUUCUACUAAGACUACUAAGACUGUCGUGCAAAUGGUCUAUUUGUUUGAUUUCUAGUCUUUGUCUUAAUGAUGCGAUUGAUAAGGCAUUUAUAUUGUUGUUCAUUAGCUCGAAGACGCCAGACAAGAAGGACAAGAACAGGAUAAGAAAGAAGAACAACAGCAGCAAAUUCCUGACGAGGAAAACGGUAUUGAGAUGAGUGAGAACUUUGAUGGUGCCUUACAUGACGUGGAAGCAGGAGACAACGAGGAAAGUGAGAAAAGCGAUGAGGAAAACGAAGAGGAGCCUGAUGUGGAUAAACAGAUGGGAGAAGUGGAUGGACAGGAAACUGAAAAACUGGAUGAGAAAAUGUGGGGAGAUUCAGAUGAUGAGGAAGAACAAGAGGUAACGUUGUAAAAGCACUGAUCACUGAUACUUUGAUAAAAGCGAAAUAAUUCACGAGGAGACAUUUUUUUCUUUUAUUUGAAGAGCAAAGCCAUUUCGUUGGAUUAGUUACUUGUUAAUCAUUGAGUUGCUUUAGGGCUGUUUUCUAUCUUGCCAACUUAGGAAUAGUAGUUAUUUAAAGUAAGAAAAAUAUUUAGUUGUUUGAUAAGAUAUAGUAGGCUUGUGCUGAUUAAUCAUACUUGUGAUUUCAAAAUCACGCGUAUGAUUUCAGUCUUAAUUACACUCCACUCAGUUCAAUUACCAUUAUAAAUAAGUACAGAGUAUUGUUGCCAUGGUAAUACGGUGCGUUAUUGACAGGAAAAAGAAACAAAGGAAGAAAAAGGAACUGGAGCUGAGGCUACAUCGCAGUCACAGUUGGUCGCCAAGGAAGACAACAAAGGUAAGCCGUUUAACCUCAAAAGGAAGUCGUGUUAACAUCCCUUCAGUAUCUCAAGAAGGGCAGUUAGAUUCCAAUGUCUCCAUUCUUUUGUCUUCUGCAACUUGUUUGCUUUUCUGUAUCUCUAUUUUCGGCUUUGACAAACCUGAAUUUACGUCUGUGGGAGUAUAAUGAAAACUAAAAGUCAAUCAUAUCGUAAAAUUGACCAACAUUUGGAGAAAAAACUUUAGUAAAGCCGGAGUCUUCAUCGUUUCAUGAACAGGAUCUACAGAUGAGAGUAAAGAAAAGGCUGAUCAGGACCCCGAUACUAAAGACGAGCAGGAUAACGAUACAUUUAAUAACGCUCAAGACGAUGAAGAGGGGAAUAUGGUUGAUGAGGCGGAGGGAGACGAGGAAGGAACGGGGCAGCCAGAACAACAAGAAAUGCAAGAUGUGGAGGAGGAGUCUGCUAACCUUGAUCUUCCAGAUGAUUUGCAGCUUGAUGAAGAGGGAAACGAACGUAGUGACGGUGAGUAAUGCAUAUAUAAAUUUUUUUUUAUUAUUUCUAUUCGGCUUCUGUAUUAGUAAAGUGUUUUCGAAAAGAGAAGGCGUGAAUCUUCCUAUUUUUGCACGUGCUAUAUUAGUUGACAACCAUUUUUCAUCUUUGAAGGACAACCGGAGGAAAUGGAAACAAGUGAUUUCGAAGGAGAUGUGACAGAUGUGACAGAAACUGAAGAUGAAUCCAUUGUACAAGGUGACGAGGAAACGGAUGAAAAAGGAGAACAAGAUGAGACAAAGAUGGAGGAUGAAGAGAACAUUGACGGUAAAGACAAACAGGAAGAUGGAGAGAAUUCAAAGGUUGGUAGACUGCUGUUCAACGUUCCCAAAAAAACAUCAGUAAGGACGAGUAUUCGAACGCUUAAGCUCAUAACGUUGCGAAAAUCUUACUAGUUGGCAUUAAGACUACACUCAAACUUUGCGUUGUUGAAGGCCUGGUUAGUUUUUCCAUUCGGUUGUAUCAAGGCAAUCGGAUAUUGUAAGGAUCUAGAAGAGUAGCUGGCCUUUUCAGAUGUUGUGAACCAUUUGAAGUAUCUUGAAGAUAGUACUAAUCAUGAUGAAAGGUGAAAGAGAAGGGAAGACGUGUCGGACAGACGUGUCUUUGGUACUUCUAAUUUUUACGAUGAUCGAUAUUUUUCUAGGAUGAAGAAGCUGAUGUUGAAGACCAUGAAGAUGACUGGAGAACGAAGGCGGAUACUAAGGUCAGAUUUGCGUAUAACAGCUCCUCGAACGACCCUCGGUUUGUGGUUUUUAAACCUGCUUUGCCCGAUGAUAGCCUAACGUUCAUUAUACUUUUCUGCCACAUCAGUUCUUAGACCAUACCUUUUAUUCUCCUUGGCUUUCUUUGAAAAUUUCUUCCUCAAUUUUUCUCGGCAAAGAAGGAAUAAAUUAUCAUAUAUUAAAGUUUCCUUUUGACAGAAUUUUGGAAUCAUAGUACGUAGGUUAUUGAUGUUGGUAUACCGCCACAACCUUAUGAAUUGGAUCCGGUUAGAUUAGAAGGAAAAUGAUAACAAUUUUUGAACACGCGUCGUAAACACGUGACACUUCUUACGACGGAAGUUCUGUUUUAUUCCAGAGCCAGCCUCAGGAUAAUGUUCAGGCCGUGGAGGAUUCUGGGGAAGGUGAUGGUAGUGGGGAACAAACUGAUAUCACCGCUGGCCAGUCUGAAUCGACAGACGGUAAUGAAGAUCGAGGAGUGGGACGAGCUGAAGCAGCUAAUGAUGAAGGGCAUCAUGGGGAGUCAAGCGCAGUACAAGCUAGUGCAGACACCAGUCAACAGGUCAGCGAACGUAGCCCUAGAUAUCUGCGCUAGUUAUUGCCUGUUCAUUUUUAUUUUUAAUGCUUAAUAUGGGACUCUGAUAAGAGCGCCUUUAACCAUGGUCCGAUAUCUUUACUACUACCUCAACAGGGCAACAACAACGAAAGCAAAAAACAAAACAAAACAAAAAAACGUUAUUAAAGGACAAAGGAUUAGGCCAACAGAGGCGACAGUAGAGCAACACAACAGGACAUUCCAUCUUAGUUUGUUUCUUGCAUGAUUUAUUGUUUCAUCGAGUAACAUUAUGUGGCGUGAACAGGGGGAAGAAAUGAAAGGAGUUAUCAGGCCUAUAGACGAAUAUCAGAUUACACAAGAGACUUACACAAGAGAAACGAAAAAGGCCUUGAAAAUAGAAAAAAUUACAGAGAGGAAUACAGAACAAUGCAAUGGUUAGUAAUAGAUUAAGUGACAUAGGAUAACAGCCUCCUAAAUCUGCAUAAUUGUCAGUUUUAUGUAGUCUCAUUUAAUACUUCUUAAUUGUUUAUUUUGAAUUGUCACAGUCACGUCAGAGAAAGCAAAUGAACCGUGCUCGGUCCGACAGAAGACUGGGCUCCAUGGAUGAAACUACUCACAAGAGACUCAAGACUGUCGAUACAACACAGCAAGAGACUGGAACUGAGGUGGCAUAUUGAUUCUGAGAAAAAACGGAUCAUUGUACGUGCCUGGGAAACUGCCCACCUACCCCUCCCCUAAGUCAACAUUUUGCCCUAAGUGAGAAGUAUCUAUUUAUGUUGGCUUAGGGGAGGGGUAGGUGGGCAGUUUCCCAGAAACGUAUAAUUAUCCGGUAUUGACCACUCCAGAGUAUACCGUAACAUACCAUAAUACUCUUUCUUGGACACUCCAAAAUUUUGCAGAAGCAUUGUCUUCAGUUUCGCUUGGGAGUUAAAAUGGCCCUAAGAGAAACUGGAAACAAUGCUUACGUUAAAAAUUUUGGGGUGACAAUCAAAGAGCAUUAUGGGAUGUUAUGGCGUUUUCUGGAGUGGUCAAUUGUCGUUAAGGGUAAAAACAAGUUUCAAAGAAUUUACAGCGAUUUACUUUAUGAAUAUAACUUGAAAACGAUGUUGGUGAUCAUCUCUCAAUGUACUUUCCGUUUUGUUAUCAGAUGUCAUUAGUGGUAUAUUCUUACAUUUUGAAUUUAGCCCAAGGAAUUACUCCCUUAUAUUUGCCUUACUGGUAUGGGCCGCCCCAAAGGGUGUGUUUUUUUGCGCCGUUUUGGUCUGAAUUCGGGUAUGGUAAUUUCUGCCAGGUCUGAAAACGGGUAUGGAUUUUAGAGGUGUGGUCUGAAAAAGGCAGUGGAAGAUGACACCUUUUGGUCUGAAAUAGGGUCAGGAUUUGGAGAAGCGGGCUGCACACCCCUACCAUGAAUUCUCAGGAGUACCCCCUCCCGGGGAAUUUAGGAGACAAUUGGGCUCUAAUCUACGUAAGAUUUUAUAAUGUCGUGUACCAGAACGACUAUUAUCUAGAAACUUGGUGAGAAUCAGGAAAGAAAAUUUUGCAAACGUUAUAUGCACGUGUAUUAUUGUCGAGCGACUGUCGAGCAUAACGACUUUCUUCAGAAGGUGCGUCUGCGAAUUUCACUGUAAAGAAAAGAUUAGAUAACGCUGCUUACUUAACUUCAUUUCGCGUUUUUUGUAUUCCAUUUUUGAAUUUUCACUCCCUCUUUCCUCGAUCAUUCAGUUGUACUCGGCCGCAAUUUGUGUAUAUUUUUUGUUCGCAGACGAACGAGACAAGAAGCCAAGAUCUGUUUGAGCACAUGCAGAGUGAUGAUUCAUCUACCCACGAUGCGCAGACGCUUGACAGUGCAACCGCUGAUCAAGCGAAAGAACAAGAGAAAGCAAACUUCCCUGAUACGUAUAGUGAUACCGAAGAUGAUGAUACUGAAAUGAAAACAGCGCUGUUCGAUGAUAAAGAGGAACUCCCUGUAAGUGUUUUUUUUUUUCCAUCCUCGGUUUGUGUUUGUGUAUUUUUUUUUUGUCUGAACAGCUUAUCGUUUGUGUCACGUCAGGUACUUGUUUUUGCUACUUCUUAUUAAUUGUUGUGUUUUGAUCGCUCACUCAUGGUCUUCAUAUGGUGAUGUUAUCGAUUAACUCUUGGCGUUCAUUAGUACCACCUUGGUUGUAAGUGAUUGGUGUAUUUCGAUCUUGAAUGUAGUUGCUAAUGGCUGGUGGACUUCGAUCCCCAUUUUUCAUGCACUAUCAGUCACUUUACGUCUAAUUACCCCGCACAAGACCAUAUAGACCAGAAAUAUCGCGGCCAAUAUCAAAGUGACUGAAAUGGAACAAACGAUAAACUUAGCUGUUUAUCUAAAACGCGGUAGAUAACACCUCUUAUUAUGUUUAUUCAGACAUUGGUGGCCUUCAAUAACGUCUGUUAUAAAGUUUAACACAUUGUUUAUAAUCACUACGCGUUACAGAGAUUACAACCUAGUUCUGAUUGCCAAUUCUUUCCAAAUACUGAAGGCACCAGACAAUCCCCAGCAGACCAUGUUACCGCCUCCAAAUAAACCAAAGAUGGAUGCGGUGGGGGACGAAGAUGAACAGGAAGUAGCAGAUACGGCGACCAAAGAAGAAGACAUGCAAACUAUUGAAGGUGGAGAAAUAUCCACUGAACUCUUGCAGAGUACUUUUCAUUCCUCAGAAGUGGCGCUGGCUUUUGAGAGACUGGUAAGAUAAUCUAACUGAACUUAAACUAGAUAAAAAGUGAAAAGCUGUCCUUUUAAAAUUCAAAGAAAAAGAUCGCUCGCUUAAUUUUCUUAAAAGACAAAUAGUACCUUGCAGUAGUACUUACGAAGAGAUUUCAUUUUACUCUCGGUUAUUGCUUAAUCGUAUCACCAUAAUUAACUUUAUAUUUGUCUUAACUGCACCUUAAAAAGAAAUUUCGUUAAUGACUCAUUAGAACCAACUUACAUAACCAAAUAUGCAAACGAAAUAGACCCUUUCAGUUGGUUUUGUUUCUUUUUUUUCUCAAAUUUCAGCCUAUGUAGAAUUCCUCCCAGCCUACUGUUUCUUUCAAAUGUAUGGAUAACUUGCGAAAAGACAAAAGGCAAAUUUUACUGGAAACGUCAAGUGGUCUUAGUUGGGAAAACAAAACAUAGGAGCUAAAAAAGUUUUUGAAAGGCACUGCCAAAUGCAGAAACACUGAAGGAUUUCAUCUAGUUAAUAAAAAUUGGGGACCAGCUUAUACAAUUCAAUCACGCUUUCCCUUUUUCCUUUUAAAAUUUCGUUAACGGACUCAAUUUUUAAGUCCGUUACAUGCAACACGGAUAUCAGUACUAGAGCAAAAUAAACGGCGUCAGACCAAGUAACUUUAAUCUCGUAUUGUGUUAAAGUAAAUACUUUUUUUGUUUGUUUUUAUUUAUUUUUUUCGUUUCCUGCCUAGCAGCUUUCAUAUGAACUAUUUCUACGCGAAAAAUAGACCAAAUACCGGCUUCAACUGUUCAGACAUUGAAUGUGUUGCUAGGAAUACUGCUCAGUCAUUUUCUCUCUUUUGAAGGGUAUAUCGUCAUUGGACCCUGAAAAGCUGAGAUUGGAUCUCGAACAUCAGUUGGCUGAGUGGACCAGCCUUGAACGAGGUACGACGGAGGAGCAACGCAUCGCUCAAGAGACCUGGCGAAAAUACGAACUGCUCACCUCCAGUCUCUCUCAGGAGCUCUGUGAGCAGCUGAGACUGGUACUAGAACCAUCAUUGGCUACAAAACUCAAGUAAGUUAGUUAUAUAUUUGAAUAUAUUUAUAACCAUUUGUCGUUUGAACCGCCUAAUUCCGCUUAUCACAUUUUUUUCAUAUUCUUUAAUACUGUGGAGAAGACGCUUAAUGAAGUGGCUAAAACGUAAACUACGAUCUAAAAGCCAGAGUCAUUGCCGGACCUUUGGCAGAUGUACAACUUACAUAGUAUAAACGUUAAACAGCAAACUGAUCCUUUCGGCGAGGGAACACCACAAAAAGUCGGUAAAAGCUGAGUGGAAAAUCGCAAUAUUCUAAACCUUAGACCACUGCGGUUUUUUCACUCAGCUUUUGACUAAUUUUUUAGGAAAAAAGUAUAUCUACAAGUUAGAGAACCGUAAUGUACCCGGCGUGUAAUGAGACUGCAUCUACCCUUUGUGAAAGUUCAUUUUUUGGGGAUGGGGUGCUUCGCAUUCUUUUCGGGGUGCGUGUUUACUGGUAGUAAUGGUGGGGGCUGAAAAGCAGCGAGCAGUCCCGAGGUGACUUUGCUUAGUGGUAUCUUCUUAGUACUUGGGAAGGUAUUCUUUAUCACGUUUCUAUAUAGCACAUUGUUAGUUUACAACAGAAUUUUGAACUUGCUCAUUGCAGAGGUGAUUAUCGAUCAGGAAAGAGGUUGAACAUGAGGAAAGUGAUUCCAUACAUUGCCAGUCAGUUCCGCNUGUAAUGAGACUGCAUCUACCCUUUGUGAAAGUUCAUUUUUUGGGGAUGGGGUGCUUCGCAUUCUUUUCGGGGUGCGUGUUUACUGGUAGUAAUGGUGGGGGCUGAAAAGCAGCGAGCAGUCCCGAGGUGACGUUGUUUAGUGGUAUCUUCUUAGUACUUGGGAAGGUAUUCUUUAUCACGUUUCUAUAUAGUACAUUGUUAGUUUACAACAGAAUUUUGAACCUGCUCAUUCCAGAGGUGAUUAUCGAUCAGGGAAGAGGUUGAACAUGAGGAAAGUGAUUCCAUACAUUGCCAGUCAGUUCCGCAAGGACAAGAUCUGGCUGAGGAGGACUAAGCCGAGUAAGAGGCAGUACCAGAUCAUGCUAGCUGUGGACGACUCCUCUAGCAUGAAUGAUAAUCACUCCAAACAGGUAACGCGUAAUUUAUCACGUUUCAUCUAGGUACGUUGGUAUGCUUAAGAGAGAACGCAACUUGACAACUUUACAGGGAAAUUCUACUAACAGUUUCAGAGUUGUAAUGAUUAUGACGCGACACUUCAAGCAACUACUUCACGAAAGAAAGAAAAUCACCCUAACAAGAGAACUGUUCUAGGACAUAUUUUGAGGUGAAUACUCACCACUCGUCUAUUACAAAAUGUUAAAGAUGUCGAAAACUAUUUAUAGUCAGUCUUGAAAUAUGUUGUUUGAAUUUCUCUAUUUGUGUUGUUCAGUUGUUUUUCAUAUGUUUUAUAUUUCAUUCCGUGAUUUUAGCUGGCGUUUGAGUCUUUAGCAGUGAUCAGUAAUGCACUAACAAGACUGGAGGCUGGAGAUCUCGGUGUGUGCAGGUGAGUGCAAAAUUAACUUUGUUAUAUUUGUUGCAUUGGGGGAGUGCAGUUUUGGCUGUUUGCUUCAGCAAAAGGAAUGCGUAAAGCUUAAUUUUAUUUCGCUUCACUAUUCAAAAACGAACGAAACGUAUCUAAAAUUGACGAAAACAAAUACAUGAAAAUAAGUAAUUUUGGUUACCAGAAAUUUGUAUUACAGGACAUGCUGUUUUACGUUCCCUACUUAUGACAGGGACGCCGUUUCUACGUUGUUCUCCGAUCUGCGCGGUGAUCAAGUCGUUUAUAGAAGAAUGGCAAUAUCUAUGACCUCAGUUGGGUGGGAUCAAGCCCUCUGGAGAUCAGCGCAACAAAGUCUCCUUAUUAUCGUUAUAAAAUAUUAAGGGGGAAAAGUAGGGAGAACGUAAGUGUAGAUAACAUGGCUGGCAUGAACCAAACGCCACAAUGGGCAAUUGUCCAUCUUCGUCAUCGAAAAAUAGUUCUCCCCUCGCUUGUUCUGACGUAACCGUUAAUUUAGUGCCGUGCUGAGUUUGUUCUUGUUUUUUUUGUUUUUUUUUGCCUUUGCAGCUUUGGAGAAACUGUCCGCCUCUUGCACCCAUUCCACGAGCCAUUUACUGACCAGUCAGGGGCGAAAAUUUUGCAGCAGUUCACUUUUGAUCAAAAGAAAACCAAAAUAGCCCAAGUAAGUAAUUUUUCUGAUUGCUUUCGUUUCCUACUGCUACCGUAUGGGACUGGUCGAAGAAUUUCCGCUAUAGUUAAAUUUUCCCUCAAAAUAACAAUGGCUCUCUCACUGUUUAGCUCCUAGAUACUUGUACCAGUCUUAUGGUUUCGGCUCAUUCACGGUUACAAGUGUCCCAGCGGGUGAGAAGAGACACCUCCCAGCUUUUGCUUAUUGUGUCCGAUGGAAGAGGUAUAUUUCUGGAGGGGAUGGAGGUUAGUAAUACUUUCGACUCGUCUUUGUGUGUAAAUUUACUGAAUCUUGGUUUGGAUUCCGUUUACGCGGGGCUCUCGCGGGCGCGAAGCGCGCGCAGUGCAGCAUCAUGGGUAAGAAAUUCUGGUUGUCUAUACGUCCAAAAAAUUUUGGUUCUGACAAAAUCGUCCGUACGUACAUGCGUCCACUCCUUCAUGUAAGCUGGGGUAAAAUUUUGCAUUUCAAGUACCCCGCGCGUUUGAGCGGUUUAUACUACUACAUGAGAAAUUUCUGCAAUUUGAUUGGCUUAGAGCAAUGGCAUUUCAGCUUAAUUUGAAAUACCUACAUGUGAAAAUUACAAACAUUUUGCGGGUAGUAGUAUAAACAAAUAAUAACAGCAUUUGUACGUGAUAUUUGGCAUAAACACCACUCAUGAUAUUUCAAAAUUGUCUCAAAUUUCACUCGCCUAACGGCUCGUGAAAUUACGUGUAACAAUUUCAAAUAUCACCCGUUGUAUUUAUGCCAAACAUCACUACAAAUCAUGCUAUUAUCUAUACAAGUCUCAUUGUAGAGACACACACACACACACAUAAACACAAAAAAAAACAACAAAGUCGAUUCUUUGUACUCGGUGAAAGUACGGUUUAAAUGGUUUCGUUUUAAAAGGACACACCAUAGGAUUUCAUAGGUUUCAAAAGUUAGAAAUCAAUUACAGGUCCUCAUAAAUAGCUGGGAGAGAAAGGGGUUACUACUUCUUCCUUCUGCUAAGACCAAGAGUCGCGGUAACUUAUCGGGCCCGAAAUCAAAAAUUCAAGUUAAAAACUAAAAAAAANGUAGUAUAAACAAAUAAUAACAGCAUUUGUACGUGAUAUUUGGCAUAAACACCACUCAUGAUAUUUCAAAAUUGUCUCAAAUUUCACUCGCCUAACGGCUCGUGAAAUUACGUGUAACAAUUUCAAAUAUCACCCGUUGUAUUUAUGCCAAACAUCACUACAAAUCAUGCUAUUAUCUAUACAAGUCUCAUUGUAGAGACACACACACACACACAUAAACACAAAAAAAAACAACAAAGUCGAUUCUUUGUACUCGGUGAAAGUACGGUUUAAAUGGUUUCGUUUUAAAAGGACACACCAUAGGAUUUCAUAGGUUUCAAAAGUUAGAAAUCAAUUACAGGUCCUCAUAAAUAGCUGGGAGAGAAAGGGGUUACUACUUCUUCCUUCUGCUAAGACCAAGAGUCGCGGUAACUUAUCGGGCCCGAAAUCAAAAAUUCAAGUUAAAAACUAAAAAAAAGAAGACGGUUGUUCGCUAACAAACACGCCCAUUUUGCUUUGUGAGCUCGUAGUUGCAAAAAUAGUGAAACCUCUAUCUUUAUUUUAAACAAGAACAUUUUUUCGGGACUUUUGAAAAAUGGGCCCCAGGCGUCUCAUGUGAUCUCAUGUAGCAUGUUGGUAUAAAUACUCCCGUAGUGAAAUUCAUUCUCAAAAUAUUUUUGUCUUCAGACGGUUCAAAAAGCUGUGAGAGUCGCAAGAGAGGCCAACAUUUUCAUGGUGUUUGUUAUCCUGGACAACCCAACGAACAAAGACUCUGUUUUGGACAUCAGAGUUCCUAUAUUCCGGCCUGGGAAGCCACCAGAAAUCAAAUCCUACAUGGAAAAGUUCCCCUUUCCUUUCUACAUUAUCCUCAGGGAUAUCAACGCGUUACCACUCACGCUGAGUGACGCGUUAAGACAGUGGUUUGAAUUGGUGUCGUGUCUGGAGUGA